AUGGACGCCAUGAGCCGAGCCUUACGAAGGGCUGCUCGAUCACCAUUUUCAGACGAAAUUGAAUGGGCCCCUAUGCCGAGUAGAUUUACAAGACCGCCAUUCAAUUCCUACGAAGGGAAGACGGACCCUGUGGAGCAUGUCAGUCAUUAUAUCCACAUGAUAUCCUUGCAUGCACACAAUGAUGCCUUGAUGUGUAAGGUAUUCCCCUCCAGUCUCGGUUCCACGGCCCUGAGAUGGUUCAACGGGUUACGAAAAGGCUCCAUUCGUAGCUUUGCCGAGCUGAUUCAAGAAUUCGGUAGUAGAUUCGUGACAUGCAGCCGAGUGCCUCAACCGGUGGAUGCGCUACUUUCCAUAAAGAUGAGGGUCAGUGAAACCCUUCAGAGUUACGCCAACCGGUACUGGGAACUCUACAACGAGAUCGGUGGAGGAAAUGAGAAGAUAGCGGCAAACACCUUCAGGAUGGGGGUCCCCGAAGAUUCUGAAUUGCGGGAGUCAUUGACGAAAAGACCUCCCGAGGAUAUGAGGCAACUUAUGAGGCGCAUUGAGGAGUAUAAACGCCUGGAAGAUGAUCGGCUACAAAAUAAGGGGAAAGCCCCGUUACUCGGGAGAUCUCGACAGGGCGUUAUCCCAGCAAGACCGAAAAAAGAUUUCAAGAUGCAAGAACCAGAGGCGCAAAUUGAGGGAGUUAAUGUGGCGUUCAAAGAACCUGUGCACAAAAUUCUAGAUCGGAUUAAGAACGAAACAUUCUUCAGGUGGCCGAACAAAAUGGGGGGGCGUUCAGCAGAGAAAGAAUCCCCUCCCACCACUGCUGGGAGUGAUCGAAGUCAUCCACGUUGCCCGAGAGGUACGGAAGCAGCUAAAGGGGUACUGACGGUGGCCUGCAUAGAAGGAGAAUCACCCGAGAAGAGGAUGAAAGUUGGUCGGCUAACCAUCUCUUUUGGCGAAGAAGACUUGCAAGGGUCGAUCCAACCUCAUGAUGAUGUGUUGGUAGUAACAGCUCGGAUAAGCGGAUUAUUGGUAAAAAAAGUGAUGAUAGACCAAGGAAGCGGAGCCGACAUGAUGUACCCAGACCUGUUCGAAGGGCUCGGAUUGAAGAGUCAGGAUUUGGCGAAGUAUGACACACCAUUGGUCUCGUUUGACGGAAGGGUCGUGGUUCCCGAAGGGCAAAUUUCUCUCUCGGUGGACAUGAAAGGCAAGGAAGUAAUAGUGACUUUCAUAGUAGUCCAGUCAUUCUCACCGUACACUGCAAUCCUGGGAAGGCCGUGGAUCCACGCAAUGAAGGCCGUUCCAUCCACCCUGCACGUGAAAGUGAAAUUUCCCACCGAGUAUGGAGUCGCCAUGGUGCGAGGGAACCAAUGA